AUGACUAUUAGGAGAGAUUCGUAUGAUUUAGAGCCAAGACCAUCUGAUCGUGCUGUUUCGAGACGUGGUGGUGAAGAUGAAGAACGAGAGCAUAGUAGCAGACGUAGUAGAACACGUAGUCGUAGUAUUGAACAAGGAGGAGGAUCUUCGAGAUCACACAGAUAUAGAGAUUAUGAUUAUGAUCGAGGACGUCGAGAUCAUGACAGAUACAGAGGAGAUCGGGAACGCAAGCGUAGUAGGAGUGAUAGCCGUGAGCGUUAUCAUCAUCAUAGACGGCAUAGAAGUUCUAGUCGUGAUAAUAAAGAAAGAGAUUAUGAUAGUGGUAGACGCUCAUCAGGUAAUGACUAUGAUCGUAACAAAAGAAGACAUGACGAUGAAAGAAGUUAUGAGCGUCGCAGAAGCAGAAGUCCUAAAAAUUAA